AUGAAUAUCAACCGUAAACCCGGCUUCCGUCGCAUCGAGUACCCCAUUCCACCCAGUUCGGACGAAGAAGAACAAGAGGCAACGUCGACUGAGCUGAAGGAAGGAACCGACGCCUAUGCAGACACACUUGUGUUACUCCAACGACUCCAGCACUCAGAGCAUCGCAUGGCUGAGCUCAUGGCUUCGAUGACCCAAUUCAUAAAUGGCCAACGCGAUUUCUACAUAUUAACCCUAGGAGUUAUUGAGAACAACGUCAAAGACAUCGAGGGGAAGACUGGGAAAGAUCAAACCAUCAAAGCCGACUUGAGCAGGUACAUCGGUCGAUUGAUGAGAAGGACAGAGGGAUAUUCAAGAGAGAUGGCAAUAAAGGUUUUGCAGUUGAGUGACGCUCUCGGUCCAUCAGCUUGUGACGUGGACGCUACACUCGAACGAAACAGUCGAGAGUCGUAUGACUGGUGCAAGACAAAAACACUUGGAGAAGACUUCCCAAAAGACAGUCCAGUCAUACCUCAAGCAAUCGUCAUACCAAACGCCAAAGGAGCCAGCUAUGGGGUGAGUGAUGUCUUCAAGAAAACGCAGGGAUAUCGGGACUUGGUCAACCAGGAAGACUCCGACGGCGGUUCAGAUUCCGUUAGCGACAAGCUUAGCAGCAACAUGGGUAGCUCUCCUACAAGCUCGGACGAUGAAGCAUCUUCGACCAAGUCAACGUCGGUUUCGAUGAAGUUGAGGAAGCGGAAACCUUACCGGAUCUCUGGUCUGAGUUCAACUAUGCAGCCACCCGCACGUCCUGGCAAGAGGCAGAAACGUUCGGCCAACCACAAGAUCAACGAAGAAGGAACAAAUUCGGAUUCCACUCAGUCAGACGAUCAACGCGUGGUGCCGCCCAAACGAGCCCGCAAACCAUAUGCAAGGUAG